UGAACAUUUACUGACACUCACUGCUCAUGAAUAUUUCUCAGAGUAGUGCGGGUCUUGGCACCGUGCUGCCUCUUACUAGUUUCGAGAACGUGCUUUUGUUUCUCUUCAACGUAAUUCACGCCACCGCCAUCAUUUUCCUCAACGUGUCCGUGUUUCUGUCCAUCAUGAUGAACAGAUCCCUGCGCAGCGAGAACCGCUUCAUGUACAUGCUCAGCACGUGUCUCAGUGACAUCUGCUCGGGCGUCUCGUAUUAUUAUGUUGGAGUUCUGGAUGUACGCGAUUAUUAUGACUCUCCGACUCGCACUUUCUAUAUCGUUCCCACUUUUCUGGGUCUGUCCUAUAUGGCGAUUCUGGCCGCGCAGGCGGACCGUUACCACGCGGUCUCAGCGCCUUUCAAAUACUCGCAGCGCAUGACCCGAAACAGAACCCUGCUGGUGAUUCUGGCCUACUGGCUUUAUGCUUUUUUGAUGGUGGCUGUUAAUAAUGUGGUGACUAUGGGGGUCGCUGAAAAAGUGACGGGCUUUGGUACUUUUGUGGCGAACAUUUUCACCGUCAUUAUCAUGAUUGGCUUGAACUUCAAGCUGUUUUUCAUCGCCAGAUUUCAGCUAGAACGCGAACCGCCGAGCGCGGAACGGGACAACAAGCGCGCGUCCAUUUACCUCAUAAUAAUAGUAGCCAUGUGUUUUCUGAUCGCGUGGUUGCCAUUGUUUCUUCAUUCAACUGUGUGCACUUUUAGGGGGACCCCGUGUUAUCUGUUUAAAAAUAACGGCACAGACCCUCUGCGCAUUUUGUCACGUCUCAAUGCGAUCAUCACACCCUUAUUGUAUAUCAGGGGCUGCACUGCACUCAGGAGCACUAUAUUAAUUAAAGUCUGGAGAACACCAUGCUACAGGAUGAAAGGAGUGAACCCGCAGACUGUGGAGAAAACUGAAGACCACAAGCAAAAUGACUUUUAAAAAGACUUUAUUUUUUAAAUAUUCACUAAACAUUUGUAAAUCUAAAACACAUAAAGCUAACUGUAUGAGCAGUUUCAUGUCUGUGUCCUUUUCUCUCACUUGUCUGUUUUAUCUUAAAAUAGUAGCAUCAUAUCAGGGCAAAUGUAUUAUUGCUUAAGCAUUUUAAUUUUACCUUUUACUAACUAGAUCUACUAAGGCAGAUCAAUUAUAUAAAGUGCCAAGAUAACAUUAUGUAUGUGAAAUCUGUUUGUACAAGCUAUAAGAGUGAUUUGCAUCCAGUUUGUAUCCAAAGACAAUGUCUUUUUUAUCCACUGUU